AUGAGCAAACAAGGGCGCCCUGGGAUUGCCAAUUCCGGCUUCGCUCGUGUCUCCCGCACAGUGACUGCCGACUUGGAACAUGUCCUGGAGCAAUACGAUCACGACUAUGAUCGGGUACCGGCCUCAUUGAUCCAUCUCGGCGACCAUUGGUCUGCCAUUUUCAACCCAAAUGUCGCUCGCGAGCUCAAUGUAGAGCUUGUCAAAGAAUUCGGGCCGCAUCAAAGUUUUUGUCCCAUCAUGGACGUGAGGUUCUCACCAGACGGUCGCCAUCUGGCAUCGCGAAGCUGUGGUGGCGCCAAAAUCUGGAAUGUCCAGCAAGAUUGGCAGAAAAUGCACGACUUUCCCGACAGUCCCACCUCGGAUAAAGGCAUGUUUGGGGGCGAAUCCGAAGCUAUUCGCUUCUCCCCGGACAGCAGACUUGUCGCAACUGGUGGGGGAGGGGGCGACAUUCUCAUCUGGGAUAUGGAGAGCGGCUCUCGCAAGCAUCGAAUUUCUGGUCAUGAUGGUGGUGUGAGGGCGCUAGCUUUUUCCAACGACGGGAAAGUGCUUGCAAGUAGUGGUGGGGAUCAAACUGUGUGUCUCUGGGAUGCCGAAUCGGCCGACUUGAUCAAGAAAUUUGCUGUAGAAGGUGCAGUCCUUGACGUGAACUGGUCACCAGACGACAGUCUACUCGCAGCAUCUUCGGGACACGACAUCAUUAUUUGGGAUGCUGGUACAAAAAGCGUCCUGAGUAGGUUUGAGACUAAAUCUCAGGGACGCUCGAGUUUGAUCGCCUCGCUCGUAUUUUCCCCGAAUGGCAAAAUGCUUAUAUCUGGAGGUUUUGAUGGAUGGAUCAAAGUUUGGUCCUUGGAAGACGGCAUCCCAGACAAUGAAGCGCUUCUACUGCAACUACGGGGACAAGAGGAGGUGAUCUGUAGUUUGGCCGUUACACCAGACAACAGAUGGCUCGUCUCGGGCUCCAAGAAUCGUGACCUUUUGUUGUGGGAUCUACAGAGUGGUGAUGCGCAAGUUCUAGUAUCUGCGUUUGCAAAUUCAGUGACGGGAGUCGACGUGUCUACAAAAGGGGACCUGAUCGCUACAUCCUGCGGCGAUGGCACGAUUCGUAUCUUUUCAUACAGUCCUUACGCGUCGCCGGAACCCGAGGCCGCAGCCAAGGUGUAUACGCACGGAAGUUUACGCGGUUUCGAUAUGCCACUUGGCCAUUUCCCCGCACACCAUUUUCCCAUCAUGACCGGGAAUGUAGGCGACUGGCUUUCUCCGACACUGUCUAUCCGGGAGCUUUGCAUGCUCAAGUUCAUGGACGAGAUUACCGACAAGCCCGACUGGUGGACCAAGGUUCACGACGCAGUCAUUGCCGGCCGCUGGAAGGCCGAGGCGCUGGAUGCUAAAUGGGGUUCAUAUCGCCGCUACGGGGACUUUACAUCCGCCAUGGCGGACGCGUGUAUCGCAGAGCUGCAUAAAAAAGCACAAUUGGUGCAAGCAUGUGGUUUUGUACCCACCUUUGACUACUCUACGUGCGUUGUCAAAUCUGAUUCCAUGAUGGAUGACACACUUGCUAGUGCACUAAAGUCCUCGUCCUUGGUACUCGAACAAGGGCUGCAGGGCAAAGGCUGGCAUCCCGGCAGCGACGGCAAGGUGCUUGACUUGGUUCAUCCCUCUGUCUGCCCCUUGGUGUAUGGCCAGUCUCGCGUGCUCACACCCGGACAAGUCGUACCUCGCGAUUCAUGCGUGUCCAUGAUGGGCGCAGGCCAAGUCAUCACCGACCCCGGUCAAGCAGCCAGAAAGGGUGUGCGAGCAUAUAAUUACUUCUCUACUCGUUUCCAGUGGCUGCCGGCCGAGGUGCUCAUCACGAAUGGAAAGGUCAAGAUUGACAGCUAUAUCAACAACCUCCACCCGCAGGAGCAUCCUGGCAUUUACUCAAUCAUCGAAACGCUCAUUGAAAAGUCCUUGCCGGCCUGGGACCUUGUCUAUCGAUGGCCAGACGAAUUCGCGCAUCAGAGGCUAGUCGUCAAGUCUGUCGUUCCAGAGUGCCUGACUCCGGAUAUCUGCCAGGAAACUUAUGAGUGUAGCCCCAGCAACCGCCCGUUGGAUACGGAUGAAGAACCUCGAUCAGACGAGGAGGAGGAGGAGGAGAAUGAGGAGGAGGAGAAUGAGGAGGAGGAGAAUGAGGAGGAGGAGAAUGAGGAGGAGGAGAAUGAGGAGGAGGAGAAUGAGGAGGAGGAGAAUGAGGAGGAGAAUGAGGAGGAGGAGCAGGAGGAGGGGAAGUCUGACUCUGCAACCUUGGACAACAACGACGCCGCCAGAACUAUUCCAGAGCAAGGUAAAAAUGAUGCCAAGGCAGUCCGAAGGAUGCGCGACAGUCAGUGGUGGGAACAGACACAUCCUCUGCGCCUACCCAAUCCAGCCGAUGAUGGCUUCGCACGCGGCAUCAAACCAGAAGACAUUGCGUCCUCGGAAUAUUUUCUCCGCACAGGCAAAGGUGCGCAACGAAUUCAGGUCAUUGUCAAGCUGGCCAAUAUACAUCUAUCCCCGGAAAACCCAGCGUACGACGGAGGAUCGUGGCACGUCGAAGGCUUGCUGAAUGAGCACAUUUGCGCCACGGCGCUGUUUUACUACGACAACGAAAACAUUACCGAUAGUCGACUCGAGUUUCGGUCGGUCGCGAACAGAGAAGACCUCACGGGCGACCUGGACUAUGCGCAAAACGACUUUGAUUCGAUCAAGCGGGCAUUCGGCAUCGAUCCCGAAGGCAGCACAAUGCAGGACAUUGGUGAGAUUUCGACGCGCCAGGGUCGAGCCAUUUUCUUUCCCAAUAUACUCCAGCACAGGGUAAGCCCGUUUCGGCUCAAGGACGCCUCUCGUCCCGGCCAUCGCAAGAUUGUCGCACUGUUCCUCGUGGACCCUGCCAUACCAAUCAUUUCCACCGCCAACGUGCCGCCUCAGCAGCGGGACUGGUGGCGCAAUGCGGAAAAGAACGGCGGAGGAGGAGGAGGAGAGGUGAAAGGCGAGGGUGGCUCGACUUUGGGCAAGACGGGCGUGGCUGAUGGCUUGAUGGACAGUGAGGAGGCAAGUAGGAUCAUGGAAGAGCUCAUGGCAGAGAGAACGAUGCAUCAGGACAAGGCAAACCAUGACUUGCGGGAGCUGGAUUGGGACUUUUGCGAGCACUAG